AUGCUCCCAGACCUCCUGCCUUCGACGCCAUUCAACCCGCCCGCCUUCUCCGCUCUCUCUUGUUCGACCACCGCCCCCACGUCAACCGCCUCCGCCCCGUCCGCUCUGGAACUGGCCAAGCAGGCCGCAACUCUCCUCGACAAAGCCACCCGUGCCGUUAUUGAAAGAUGCCCUGAUGAUCACUCCGACUCCAACCAAGACCUCAAGGACAUCGAAUUCGUUCAGUCCUUCGCCAAACGACACGGACUCCCGGUGCCCUCUUCUGCCUUCAGACACAAAUGCGCCAGCAAAUUCAGACCGAUGAAGAUCCAAUUCUCCUCCUCCUCCGACCGCGAUAAAUUCCUGUCUGGAUUCAAUCGAGCUAAGACGAACGACUCCUCCACCUCCUCUAUCCAAUCACUUCUUCGCAUCCGUCGGGACCUUACCUCUGAAGAACUCGCUACCCUUCGUGCUUCCAGGAAACACGUCUACGAUGAAAACUUAAAGGCCGGUAAAUCCAUUUUACCACCGGAUCAGCCACACUGGCGCACCAAGUGGUCAUCUACAAUGAGAUCGAACAGAUGCACAAAGUGCUCCAACGCCUGGAACAAGUCGACUCCAACACGUCGGGAGCGAUCAAGGCACUGAAGGCGACGAUCGAAUCGUUAACACAGGCCGAGAAAGCCGGCAACAUGGAAUGGAGAAGGCUUACGGACGAGAGCAUCAAGAAAUGGAAGGUGGAGACGCAGCAGCGCUACAAGCAGCUGGAGAUCGCCAUCAACCAGAAUAAGGAGCUCGUCCGACAGCAGCAAGGAGCCGAGGAGCAAACAAUCGCCCGUUACCAAGCGAUCGGAGUGCCCGAUAUCGAAGACGCACUGGAGAGCAGAAGUGAACUAGAAAGGUUGACUAGAAUGCAACUGACACACAUUAAUAAGCACUUAUCCAAUCUAUGGAACAAGUGGGAAGAUAUGUACCUCACACAACUGAAAGAGGCAAAAAAGAAAGUGAAACAUUAUUCAAUCACACCCCCUAAAGUAGGCCAGAUUGUACUAGUAGAAGAAAAACUACAAUCAAGACAUAACUGGCCACUAGGCAUCAUUCUAGAGGUAUACCCACACGAAAGUGGAAUAAUCAGGACAGUUAAGGUAAAAUGUGGCACUACAAUCACAGACUCGCACCGAGAGGAGGAACAUCCCGACAUCCAAGAAAGAACCACCGAACAACGAUCCGAGAUCCUCAAAGACAAUGUUCCAACCUUACCGGUAGCAGAUAGGGACCACCGAGAGCAGCCCAUAAGAGGCCGAGCACCACUACCACGAGCGGCAAAGCAGGGCACAACCUACUUUUACUGCCAAAUGACUCACGAUUCAGGACCAACAGUGGUGGAGAAAGAAUUAGGGAAUACAAACCCUAACGCCCCCGGCCCCGGGAGUGUCGCGAAUACGACUAUCUAAACGAUACUCUAUCACGAGCCCUAUAACAGUCACAAUAAUUCUUUCUUUUCCAGAGUUUCGGCACGCGCCGCGCCACAAGCUGCGCGCCUCGUUUGAACUGCCGCCCGUUUUUAAGUGCUGCUCGCCGCAUGAGGCCUACUGUAACAGUCACGCGUCACGCGACAAUAGCACAUAAUUUUCACGCUGGUUGUUACUCUAGUUGUUUACCCCUCGUUUUAGGAUUGUUUCGUUCCCUUCGUUAACAGAUCCUUCGGUCCACCCCAUACAUUACCUUUCGUCUGGCUCUUGAUCUUCGUGAGAAGAGAAAGGGAGCCCAGAUCCGAAAGUACAGAAAUAAAUCGUUUUAAUACAAGAAAUCUGGUGUUUUGAGUGUAUUGUGUUACGUGGACGGGUUUAGGGCUUUAGGCAUACAAAACAAAUUGAGUUAAAAGUGAAGGGCAAGGACAAAAGGAAGAUAUUCAGACAAUGAGAACGACCUAACAACGAAGUCGUAUCAAACAACUAACAGCGUAGAGAAGCUCUCGGUGUUCGCCGUUUAUUUUUGAUACGACUUCGUUGUUAGGUCGCUCUCAGGUGUCCAUUGCCUUCUCCAGGCUUCUCUGAAUCCGGCGGUCCAGCAUAAUAGAACUGGGCAGAAUAGAACCGCGACACAAUAGAACCGACCACAACCGGAACCGGUUUGGAGCGCCUUUUAAACCUUUCUGUAGAAUAAUUGUUUCGUAGAAAAAGAGAAUUUUUGAAUCUCCUGAUCGAUUUAUUGCAUUCAUUAAUUUCACUUCCGUUGUGAUCCCUCUUCUCUACGGUAACGAAAAUCAACAGAAAAUAAUUUUAUUGUACUAUCAAAAACGAAAGGAAACCAAUUUUCUAGGUAUAAACUGUGGUCUUCUGCUCAAUUGAAAAAAACAGUUCUAUUAUGUCGCGGUUCUUUUUUGCGCAGUUCUAUUAUGCCCAGUUCUAUAAUGUAGCGGUUCUAUUCUGCUCAGUUCUAUUAUGUUGGACCGCCCUGAAUCCCUCCUCAUUAGAAUUCCACAUUGAGAAGAUUGGACGAUCGGACGGCAGCCUCUGCCAGCGAGGAGAGGCACUGCCGUGCGAUCCUUCCAGUUCAUCAAACCCUCCGUACCUUCUUCAGACUUCUCCUGCAUUCAGAUGGCUUCAAAAGCCUUCUCCAUGCGUCUCAGAAUACUUGCCCAUCAGAAUUCCACUAUGACAUCGUCGGGUGCUCGGAGAACAGCCACUCCGGUAACAGUUCCACGCUAUUUUCAAACAGAAAGAGAUUGUGAAGAAGCUGAAUAAAUUUUAUAGGGAUUCUGAAAAAGUAAUCUUGUAUUUCUUUCAUUUAUUUUUAUCUUUUCUGGCUGUUUCACAUUAAUUCCCCCUCGAUUUUUAUUGAAAACUGCUGAAUCCAAAACAGUUCUUUUCGAUUUCAGAGCAUCGAGCAGAGUCUCAGCAGACAAUUCAUGAAUUGCAUAGGCAAUCGCAAAAGUGCGUGCGGCAAAAUUGCGAAAUCGCGCGCGGUAGUUGCGGUCUUGCCAGUUGGCCCCGCCUCCAAGUUUUUAUCUGGCGGAAAACCCUAAUCCUCCAGCAAAUUAGUUCCGCAAUUUGUCUAAAGUGCAAAAGUUGCAAUGAAACUCAAAAGUUACAAGAAGUCUCGCGCUUUUUGCAGUUCUAAACCGUUCGUUGAGACUUGCGAAACGCAAUCGGCAGAGUCUAAUUAUUUUGAUGUUUGUAUGUACAAUUGUACAAUUAAUUUAUAUGAAAUUCGAAUUAAUCGAUUUUCGAAAAAAUGAGUUGAAUCUAUCCCUCAUAGGCUUCGUUUAUGCCCAUUUUUGCUAAAAGAGAAAACACUAGGAAUUGUCUAGGUCAACUAGAAAGUUGCUAGCUAACCUCUUCGAGGAUGAAUAGUUUAGUUCUGUUUUUAAUUUUUGUUUUCACACGAAUGAUCUCGUUCUAUCAGCUUUCACGUUUAGUAGCUCAAAGUGCAAACUCCAUCCCGUGAUCAUUGAUGUCUUUCUUUCUCUGAUAUAAAAUGUCGGAAACAAGAUAAAAGUCUUCUAGAACCAGAUUUCGAUUGACUAUCCUUCUUCUAUUCUCGCUUUUAUCCUUCUUCUAUUCUCGAUUUUAUUGAUUAACCUAAUUUACAGGCAUGACGAGCUCUGUCCGAAACUUGCCCGCAUUGUUCCGCGGACUCAAUGUGAAGGUUCAUUUUUCAAUGAUUUGACUAUCCUACUAACACGUUUUGUCACAAUUGAAAUCUUGAAAAUGCUUGUUUGUAGGAAGUUUGUCACAAAAUGUCCUUCUCGAUGAGUGCCGCAGUCAAAUCGGAAGUGCUUGUCGACUGCCACGGCUCCAAGAAGGUUGUGACACUCAAUCGACCGAAAGCUCUCAAUGCUCUCAACCUCAACAUGGUUCGCGAGUUCUAUCCACAACUGAAAGAGUGGAACACCUCUUCCGAUGUGGAUCUUGUCAUUCUGAAAGGCUCCGGAGAUAAAGCUUUUUGUGCCGGCGGGGACGUGCUCGCCGUCGUCCGUUCUUACAAGGACUCGCAAAACGGGAAAGAGUGCACGAUGCACAAGGACUUCUUCCGAGAAGAAUACAUACUGAACCAUCUGAUCGGCACUUUCAACAAACAAUAUGUGUGUUUGAUCGAUGGAAUUGUCAUGGGAGGAGUAAGUCACUCCUCACACACUGCAUUAAUUCAUCCUUUUCAGGGUUGUGGUUUGUCGGUCAAUGGCCGUUUCCGUGUGGCCACCGAAAAAACAAUGCUCGCGAUGCCAGAAACAGCUCUUGGACUGUUCCCAGACGUCGGAGGAUCCUACUUCCUCUCCCGGUUGAAGGGAAAUCUCGGAAUGUACCUGGCCCUCACUGGGUACCGUCUUCUCGGCGCCGAUGCCUUCCAUGCUGGGCUCGCAACUCAUUUCGUGCCGUCUGCAGAACUCGGAAAGCUCGAGAAAGAGCUCGUGGGUCUGAAGGAGGUCAAUGAAAACACGGUCGAUGAGGUCAUUCGAUCGUUCGAACCAGAGAAGAUUCCAGAGUUCAGCCUUUCGAAGCAUCUAGCUCAAAUCAAGGACGCUUUCGGAGCAAAGUGAGCACUUUUUCCAAUUUCUGGAUUAUCUCAUCAAUUUUUCAGGAGCGUCGAAGAAAUUUUCGCUCAUUUGGAUAAGGACGGAUCGGAUUGGGCCAAGAAGCAGGCGGCUACGCUCGGGAAAGUGAGCCCAACCUCCUUGAAAGUUACCCACCGUCAAAUCACUGAGGGCAGCAAGAUGAAUUACGCUAAGAUCUUCACGAUGGAGUACCGCCUGACGCAGAGAUUCCUCGCCGACAAGGACUUCCACGAGGGAUGCCGAGCUAGUGAGUUUCACAUCUUUUAUCCUCAACACUUUUUCAUAAGUUAUUUGAGCUGAGUGCCGGCAGUUCUAAAGAGGCGAGUGGAAGGGGCCUGGUUCAAAAAAAAUUUGGCAGCCGUCAGGCGUUUUAACGUUUCACAAACAUCCCGCACCUAUGCACUUUUUUUCAGUUUUGAUUGACAAGGAUCGUAAUCCGAAAUGGAAUCCAGCCACUAUCGGAGAAGUGAAAGGGACCACCGUCGAACAUUACUUCUCUCCUCUUCCCAAUAACACCGACUUGAAGCUCUGAAGCAUUCUAUGAAUUCAACCAAAAUUUAUUAGUUUUUAUUAGAAAUCAAUGUAAUUAUAAUUGUCCGGGUGUACAAAUAAUUCGUGCCUUUUUUCCAUUUCACUGUGUGAAUAGUCUUAAUGAAUCGUUUGCUUUUUCACUUUUCGUCAUCCUUUAUAAUUGUUUCCAUCCUCUUUUCAUAUUUCAAAAGUCAUCUGAAACUACUGUUUCAGCUUUCAAUGCAUUGUUUUCAGAUGACGAUUGGCCAUUCCAACGGCCGCACUCGCAUCAAAUCGGAGCGCGGCAAGGACCAAAAGUGCAUGUCACUGGAGGAUAAAUGGCUUCUCGUGCCGUCUUUUCUGAAGGUGCGGGGCCUGUGGAAGCAGCAUCUCGUCAGUUUCGAUCAUUUUGUCAACGAAGAAAUACGCAACAUCAUGCUCUCCAACCAAAAAAUCACUUCGGACGCCAACCCCAACUUUUAUCUCAAAUACCUGGACAUUCGUGUUGGGAAACCGAGCAGCGAGGAGGGACUCAACAUGACUCACGACAAGAUCACACCGCAAGAAUGCCGUCUCAGAGACAUGACCUAUUCGGCGCCCAUUUCUGUGGACAUUGAAUACACGCGUGGAAAUCAGCGAGUGUUCAAGAAAGAUCUGAUCAUCGGUCGAAUGCCGAUUAUGCUUCGCUCGAGCAAGUGCAUUCUCCGUGAUUUGGCCGAGGAAGAGCUUGCCAGAGUACAAGAAUGUCCGUACGACCCGGGAGGUUAUUUCGUCGUCAGAGGAAGUGAAAAGGUCAUUCUGAUCCAGGAGCAGCUCUCCAAGAAUCGUAUUAUGGUCGGAAAAAACUCGAGCAAAGAGUUGCAGUGCGAGGUGCUCUCGUCGACUUCCGAGAGGAAGAGUAAAACGUAUGUGACGGUCAAGAAAGGAAAGUAUUCGGUGAGACACAACCAGCUCACUGACGACGUCCCCGUCUCCAUCAUCUUCAAAGCGAUGGGUGUGGAAUCGGACUACGAUAUCGUGAGUACAAUCGGACACGAGGAGAAGUACGUCUCUGCGUUCGCCCAAACCCUUGAAGAGUGCAUUGCCAAUGGGAUUUACACUCAACAACAAGCUCUCGCCUACGUUACUUCGAAAGUAAAAGCUCGCAAGUUCGUCCCAUUCGGUUCAUUGCCGGGCACUUCUGUCAGUGUUCUGACGCCUCCGAAAGAGCACGAAGCUGUCGAUUUCCUAUCCAAGUAAGAAUUUUCCAUCCUUUUCCUCACAUAGUCCCUAUUUUCAGUUCAAUGAUCACUCACAUUGCUUGUCCAGAUGGAAACUUCAAGAUGAAGGCGAUUUACUUAGGGUUGAUGACGAGAAGAUUGAUUCAGACGGAACUGAAAGAGAAUGAGCUGGACGACAGAGAUUUCUACGGAAACAAACGUCUCGAACUGGCCGGAUCACUGCUCGCGCUGCUUUUCGAAGAUGUCUUCAAAAGAUUCAAUUCCGAACUGAAAAGAGUCGCCGACAAUGCCCUGAUGAAGACGAUGGCGGCGCCGUUGGACAUUGUGAAGCACAUGAGACAGGACAUGAUCACGAAUACUAUUGUGAAUGCGAUGUCGACUGGAAACUGGAUCAUCAAGAGGUUCAGAAUGGAACGCCUGGGAGUUACUCAAGUGCUCAGUCGGCUGUCUUAUAUUUCUGCGCUCGGCAUGAUGACCAGAAUCAACUCGACGUUCGAGAAGACCCGAAAAGUGUCCGGUCCCCGUUCACUGCAGCCAUCUCAGUGGGGAAUGCUGUGUCCGAGUGACACUCCAGAAGGAGAAGCGUGCGGUCUCGUUAAGAAUCUUGCACUUAUCAGUCAUAUCACAACCGAUUCCGACGAGAAACCAGUGCUCCGCCUCCUUCUGAAUUCUGGCGUCGAAGAUUUGCACAAUGUGCAUUUCUCGCAUGUGAACAAACCGUAAGUACUGAAUAUCACGAUUGUUCCAUUCAUACAGCUUCUUUUUUUCAGAGAGAACACAUUGAUUUUCCUGAACGGAGUGCUCAUCGGAACCGCGACUGACCCGGAAAGAGUUGUGAAAGCCGUGAGAGACGUACGAAGAAGCGGUCUUCUGUCCGAAUUCGUAUCAGUCUCCCGUUCUCUCACCAACCGUUCCGUCUUCAUUUCGUCUGACGGAGGACGUCUGUGCCGCCCGUACAUCAUUGUUCAAGGCGGUGUUCCUAUGCUCACGCAGGCACACGUGCAGGAGUUGAAAGAGGGAAAACGAAUCUUUGAGGACUUUGUCGAUGACGGAAUUGUCGAAUAUCUGGAUGUGAACGAGAUGAAUGAUGCCUUGAUUGCGGUGUACGAGAAAGAAAUCGGACCUGAAACCACUCAUCUCGAGGUUUGUCGUCUUCAGCCAAAAUUCUGGAGCAAACAAAUGUUUUCAGAUCGAGCCGUUCACUCUUCUAGGUGUGUGUGCAGGACUCAUUCCGUACCCCCAUCAUAAUCAAUCACCCCGUAAUACUUAUCAAUGUGCUAUGGGUAAGCAGGCGAUGGGAACCAUUGCUUACAACCAGCAGAAGAGAAUCGAUUCCAUCAUGUACCUACUCUGUUAUCCACAAAGACCUCUCGUUAAGUCGAAGGUAAUAAUAAUUCACUUAUUCACUCCUGCCACGUAGGAAAAUUUACAGGAAAAUAAAAAGAGGAACAUAAAAGUAAUGGGCGGGGGGAAGGAAUAAUGAGUUAAAAUGACCAUUGGAUGGCAAUAGCUAUAGGUCAAGUGAAAUAAAAAAAAAACGCUAGGGGAAUCUUCUCAAUGCGCUCAAUGCGUAAUAAUUUUACUCUUGCUCUGUAAACUUUCUUUUCAGACUAUUGAGCUGACCAACUUUGAAAAGCUGCCAGCCGGAGCGAACGGAAUCAUCGCAGUCAUGUCGUACAGUGGAUAUGAUAUCGAAGACGCUCUCGUUUUGAACAAGGCUUCUCUCGACAGAGGAUACGGUCGGUGCCUAGUGUAUAAGCACGUGAAGGGAACAGCCAAAAAGUAUCCGAAUCAGACGUUCGAUCGUCUUCUCGGACCUGCUCUCGAUCCGAACACAAGGAAACCAAUUUUCAAACACAGAAAUCUUGAUCAAGAAGGUAUCGUGUUCGCAGGAGCGAGAAUUCUUCCAAAACAAACGAUAAUCAACAAGCACAUGCCAGUUGUCAGUGGGGAAAGCGGACCAGGAGCUGCUUCUGCGAACGCUAGUCAGUUCUUCUUCAUCAUGUUCCUUUUUUAGUUUGUUCAUUUUCAGUCGGAAUCGCUGGCCGUCAAGUUGACUACAAAGACGUCUCCAUCACUUACAAAACACCGACGCCAUCUUACGCAGAGCGUGUCCUUCUCACCUACAACGAAGACGAAGCGCAUCUGUUCAAAGUGCUCCUCCGGCAGACUCGUCGUCCGGAACUCGGAGACAAGUUCUCGUCUCGACACGGUCAAAAGGGAGUCUGUGGACUGAUUGCUCAGCAGGAAGACAUGCCGUUCAACGACCUCGGAAUGGUGCCCGAUAUGAUCAUGAACCCUCACGGAUAUCCGUCUCGAAUGACAGUCGGAAAACUAAUGGAGCUGCUUUCCGGAAAGGCCGGAGUUAUGAAUGGAACCUACCAUUAUGGAACGGCGUUCGGAGGAGAUCAAGUGAAAGAAGUUUGCGAGGAGUUGGCUGCACGUGGAUACAACUACAUGGGAAAGGACAUGCUGACGAGUGGAAUCACUGGACAGCCAUUGUCUGCGUACAUUUACUUUGGUCCGAUUUACUACCAGAAGCUGAAGCACAUGGUAUUGGAUAAAAUGCAUGCUCGUGCCAGAGGACCCAGGUUAGAAUCGAUUGGCCGCUUCCAUUCCAACUUCCAAUUUCAGAGCCGCUCUGACGCGACAGCCUACCGAAGGAAGGUCGCGAGAAGGAGGUCUUCGACUCGGAGAAAUGGAACGAGAUUGUCUCAUUGCCUACGGAGCUUCAAUGCUGCUCAUCGAACGGCUGAUGGUAUCUUCCGACGAGUUCAAGGUAUAUUUACGAUCUUUCACCCCGCCAUCCUUAUCUAUCCACAGCAGCCGCAUCCGACGCGUUUUUUCUGUGUGCGCAAUUUUUGCUCAUCAUUACACUAGGUCGCCGGCGCCCCUCGCAAGCGUAACACUCAAGUGGGGGAUUCGAAAAGAGGAGCGAAACUGUUGCAGAGGGUGCUCCCGCAGAGAGAAGCACAGUGCCCCAAUGUUACUGCGUGGGUAGACUGCGCGGGCGACUUUUCUGAGAACCCCCGCCAUUUACAUUGGCAUUUUUGGAAAUAGUUUGGUCGGCGGGAAGCUGCAAUCUCCUUGUAUGAAUGAGAUUGUGCUGAAAAGUCAGAGUACAACAUGAGGAAGCAUAUAAACUCGAUACUGCAUGGCGCCAAAGAUCCAGGUUAUCACUGUGCGACCCCUCUCCGAUGAUCCAUUCGUCUUCGAAGUGGCAAUGGAAAGUCAUUCUCCCCUCCCUCAUCUUCCUCAUUUUCAUCAUCUUCUACUUUUUUUUGCUCUCUCCCUCGCAAAAUAGUCAAAGAAUCGGGGAGAAAGGUUGGCGGUGCACGGAAUAGAGUUCUCAGGAAGCGGAGAGCACAGACGGCUAGCUGGGGAUCUCUUCUUGAUUGCCAUUUCGCCAAUGUAUAUCCUACGGCAGCGACGUCUGCGUCUCCGCUGAUCGGCACGUACCCUUGCCACCAUUUCCCUGGAUCUCUCUGAAGUAACAGCUUUGGAAGAGACGAAAAAAAGAAAGAGGAAGACGAAGAAGAAGAAGAAGAAAAGAGCAGCAGUGGUGGGUGCUCUGCGCUUUUUGUGCUUAUAGGAGUGGAAUGCCGAGAAAAUGUGCGAUUGGAGUGGCACACGCGGUGGGAGAAGAGAAAAUAUUGUGCGAAAAGUAAGAGGGUACAAAGGAGCUGCGACAAGCGUUUACAACGAAUUAAUCGGAGGGUUCGCGAACCAAUGAACUUUUUGCGGAAGUGUCAAAACACAAAGAUUGCUAUUCAAGGAAAUCAGCUCGAACCAAUUUGACAUGGUUUAUCUUGCAGGUGGACGUCUGCACGGGUUGUGGUGUGAUCGGAUCGAAAGGAUGGUGUCAGAAGUGUCGUUCCAGCAAGUCGAUGGCCAAUAUCAAGAUCCCGUACGCCUGCAAGCUUCUUUUCCAGGAGCUCCAAUCCAUGAACAUCGUCCCACGACUCGACCUUGCUCGUUACACCGAGUAG